AUGACGGUCGCCUUGGCCUUCGAGAGCGACGAUGGCUCGCGUGCCAUCGAGAUGCAAGUGCAAGUACAGGAGAGCGAUGGAGUACGCGCCGAAGACUGCGAUCUGCGUGUGUACUACGAUAUUACCCGUACUGUAGAGCAGAUCCGACGUGGUGGAUAUAAGAAAAUCGCGCUGCAAUUCCCGGACUCGCUACUACCGGACGCUUCACAGGUGCAACAGGAGCUUAAGGACGGACUGACCGGCCAAUGGGAGCGCGUAUUUGUGCUUGGUGACACUUCCUACGGCAGCUGCUGUGUGGAUGAAGUGGCAGCGCAACAUCUCGUGGCUGACUGCAUCGUGCACUACGGACGCACAUGUUUGAGUGCGACGACCAAGAUUCCGGUGAUCUACGUGUUUGGCAAUGCAACGAUUGACGUAAAUGACUGUGUGCAACAGCUCAGCGAGUGUAUUGCCGGUGUGGAUGUGAUGAAGACGUUGGUGUUGCUGUAUGAGCCUCGCUUCCAUCAUGCUAGUAACGCAGUCUUCGAAGGUUUAAAGGACAAGUUUACGGAACGGAAGCUGGUGUUUGGGACUAUGAAGACAUUUUACGACCCAGCAGAGAAGGAGAUCGUGUUGGGCAGUGAUAACGUGGAGAUCACUCCGGAAACGUUUGCACUGCUGUAUAUUGGAGCGGAAUCAGCACAUCUCACUAGCAUUUUAAUGCGCUAUAGCACUGUGGACUGCUUCUCGUACAAUCCGAACGUAAUGUCUUCUCGCAAAGAGGGUGCGACGGUCAACCGUGCACUCAUGAGACGUUUUUUCCUCGUCCAACAAGCUAAAGAGGCACAGAUCUACGGUAUUUUGAUGGGCACACUUGGCGUCAACAAGUAUCUGGACGUGGUGCAUGGACUCCAGAAGCUGAUCAAAAAGAGUGGACGCAAGUCGUAUCUGUUUGUCGUGGGCAAGGUCAACGUGCCUAAACUCGCAAACUACGCCGAAAUCGACGCCUUUGUGCUCGUGGCAUGUCAACAGAACACUCUCAUGGACAGCAAGGAGUACUACAAACCCAUCGUGACACCGUAUGAACUCCAACUUGCUCUUUCGCCUUCCGAAGAGUGGGAUGGCCAGUACAAAACCGACUUCAGUGAGGUAAUACCGGCGCUAGAUCAGACUGCUCAAAGCGUAGAGCAAGCUGCCGAUGAUGAGGGUGAAGACGUGGACAAGCCAUUCUUCUCGCUGGUGUCAGGAACGUACAAGACAGCUUCCCACUCGACGCCCGUCGAUCGAGAAGCAACUACGUGUGCUCUCACGGCUUCGGGUGAGCCUGGCGCAUCCGGUGCGUUGCAGGUCAAAAAUGAGCGAACAGAGCUGACCACGUAUCACAGUGAGGCCGCCGAUUACCUCGCUACGAGAGAGUACCAAGGCUUAGACCCACGCAUUGGCAAGACUCCUGCACACGCCGCCGUAGAGGGAAGCAUCGGUAUUGCGCGGGGUUACACUCACGAGACCGAAUAG